AUGAUGGAUUUCGACCCCACUUCUUUAUUAAAGCAAAUGAGAAACAAAACUCCGAUCAGAUCAGUCCCUGAACUCCCUCCAAGAAAUAACUUUGACGAAGCCGACCUUUUGAAUAAAAUUUCGAAAUUAGAGGCACAAGUUUCAAAUCUUGAAAAUCAACUGAAAAUUUCACAAGAAGCUGAACAAAAAGCGGUUAAAGAAAAAUCUCUCCUUAAUGAGCAGGUGAAAGCUAUAGUCUAUAGUUCAUUUUACCUUUGUUUUAGUGAUUUUUUACAUUUUAAAACAAUAAAAUGAAUAUUUUGUUUGCCAAAAUUUAUUUUAGCAUGGAAAAUAUAAAAAUAAAGAAAUAAAUAGGCUAUAUUUAGUUUAAAGAAUUCCAAAUGAGGAUGAUGAAUAAUGAGAAAAAGAUGAAUGAAAGAAUUGAAAAACUUGAAAACUUAUUAGAAUCAGAAAAAAACAAAAAUAAAAACAGAGACAAAGAGGAAAACAAAGAAAAUAGGUCAAAAACCCCUCCUCUACCACCUAGGAUUGAAUUAAAAAAACGGAGAACUUUUUGGGACGGCAAAAAUACUGCAAGGCUCUGCAAAACCUGCAAGGCCAGUAAAAAAAUGGCAAAGCCAAGCAAAAAAAUGCAAAAUUUGCAAAAACAUUGUAAAAAAAGCGAAAGCAAUUUAAAAAAAAAGCAAAGCCAUGCAAAAAUUUUAAAAAAAAUGAAAAAUUUCGCAAAGCAGGCAAAACUUUUGCAGAAUUGCAAAAAAGUUGCAAAAAAUUGGCAAAAAUCACGAUUAGAAAAUUUAACAGUGAAAUUUAAUAAUUUAUUGGAAGUGUAGUACAAUGUUAAAUUAUUUAAACAACAUAUAAUAUAGAAAAAAUAGAAAUUAAUUUCGUGAAAUAAAUCUAAAGUUUAAUACAAAUAUCUUUUUAAAGAAUUUUCUAAAAACAUAACUUAAAAAUUUUAAAAAUUUGGAAAAUUUAAUUUUGGCAAAACACUUUGUUGUAUCUCAUUUUAAAAUUUUGCCAAAAUUAAAUUUUCCAAAUUUUUAAAAUUUUUAAGUUAUGUUUUUAGAAAAUUUUUUAAAAGAUAUUUGUAUUAAACUUUAGCAUUUAUUUCACGAAAUUAAUUUCUAUUUUUUCUAUAUUAUAUGUUUUUUAAAUAAUUUAACAUUGUACUACACUUCCAAUAAAUUUAUUAAAUUUCACUGUUAAAUUUUCUAAUCGUGAUUUUUGCCAAUUUUUGCAACUUUUUUGCAUUCUGCAAAAGUUUUGCCUGCUUUGCGAAAUUUUUCAUUUUUUUAAAAAAUUUUUGCAUGGCUUUGCUUUUUUUUAAAUUGCUUUCGCUUUUUUACAAUGUUUUUGCAAAUUUUGCAUUUUUUUGCUUGGCUUUGCCAUUUUUUUACUGGCCUUGCAGUUUUUUGCAGAGCCUUGCAGUAUUUUUGCCGUCCCCAAAAGUUCUCCUAAAAAAAACCUGUGUUUUCUUCAGCUGUGAGUACAAAUUCUUCAAGAUAUGCAGCAAGCAAACAAAAAGGGUAUUUAGACCUAACACCUUUGAUUGAGCUUUAUAAAGUUAUGCCAGAUUUCCCGAGGCCAGUGCUCAAAGUAGAUUUUUCACAACAUAGAAUUGAAGAAGAUCAAUAA